AUGCAUGCAUGUAAUUCCAGCUCGGAUGCAGAGUAUGCCUUUCGGUUGAUACUUGACUCUGUGCCCACGCAGAUGCCUUUCUGUCUCCUGUCGCCUGACCAGCUGUGCCCGUCGAAGUACUACUUUGAGAAAAUGCGUGAGAUUACACUGUCGAGAGCGGAGCAAGACUCGCACUACAACAGCGAUGUAGGUCCGUUUGCGUGAAGUUUCCUACACCAUAACCCCGAACAACCAUAGCCACUUCUUGGUAUGUACAUAAGUGGUUUAACCCCCUGGGCCACAGGACAUGCUUCGGUUCCAUUUGUCAUGAUCCCGCGACUGGAGUUUG